AUGGUCGGAGGUGCAACAUAUGAAGAGGCCAAGAUGGUUGCGACCAUCAAUGCAAGCACACCCGGUGUUCGACUGGUUUUGGGCGGCACAACCGUUCAUAAUGCUUCAACGUAUCUCGAGGAAGUCGAAGAUGCUGUGUCCUCAUGGCCCGAUUCGCAGAAAAUGGGAACGAGACGGCCUUUCGACGUUGUCGUCGUAGGAGGUGGUCAUGCCGGCGCAGAAGCAUGCGCCGCCGCCGCCAGAGCCGGCGCAAAGACGGCCCUGGUCACCCCGAAAAUGGAGAAUCUCGGCACCUGCUCUUGUAACCCUUCGUUCGGCGGUAUUGGAAAGGGCAUCAUCUUGCGCGAGAUCGAUGCUCUGGAUGGAUUAGCCGGCAGAAUCAUUGACAAGGCUGGCAUCCAGUUCAAGGUCCUGAACCGUUCAAAAGGCCGCGCCGUAUGGGGCCCUCGGGCGCAAAUCGACCGAAAACUUUACCAGAGAUACAUGAGAGAAGAGCUGGAAACGUAUCCAAACUUGUCCGUUGUACUUGGCAGCGUCUCCGACAUUGUGACAGAUGUCACUCUUGAUGCUACGAGCGCGGCGAAAAACAGGAUUACCGGUGUACGUCUGGAGUCUGGCGAAGUCCUCCCUACCACCCAGGUCAUCAUCACAACCGGCACGUUCCUGAGCGGCGAGAUACACAUUGGUAUGGAAUGUUACCCGGCAGGUCGCAUCGGAGAGGAUGCCUCGUAUGGUCUGAGCAAGUCGCUCAAGGACGCGGGCUUUAGCCUAGGAAGGCUGAAGACGGGCACACCGCCUCGUAUUGCCAAGGACAGUAUCAACUACUCAAUAUUGGAAGAACAACCAGGGGACGAUCCACCCCUACCCUUCAGCUUUCUGAACAGUCAGGUCGCUGUGCAGGAUCAGAUGCUCUGCUACAUCACUUACACGAAUGAAACAACACACGCAAUUGUCCGCGAAAAUCUGGACAAAACAAUACACAUUCGGGAAACCAUUAGGGGUCCCAGAUACUGCCCAUCCUUGGAAGCCAAGAUUGUCCGCUUCUCUGACAAGGAAAGGCACAUCGUGUGGCUGGAGCCCGAGGGUUUUGACAGCGACGUGAUUUAUCCUAACGGCCUAUCGAUGACUGUCCCGCCUGAAGCUCAAGAACAGAUCCUUCGCUCAAUUAGGGGCUUGGAGCGCUCUGUCAUGACGCAACCAGGAUACGGUGUCGAAUAUGAUUACAUUGAUCCCCGGAGCCUAAAGUCUACUCUGGAGACAAAGAACAUUGCCGGCUUGUACCUGGCAGGCCAGAUUAACGGCACUACAGGUUACGAGGAGGCGGCAGGGCAAGGCAUUGUCGCUGGCAUCAAUGCUGGCCGAGCUGCUCAGGGUCUUUCACCAGCCUCUAUUUCGAGAGCAGACGGUUACAUCGGUGUUAUGAUUGAUGAUCUGAUCACCAAGGGCGUCACAGAGCCAUACAGAAUGUUCACAUCGCGAAGUGAAUACAGGCUGGCGUCUAGGGCGGACAACGCAGAUUUGAGGUUGACUAAACAAGGACGCGAAUGGGGAGUCGUCACAGACAAGCGUUGGAGCUCCUUCUCUCACGAGAAACAGCAGAUGGAUGAACUGAUGUCUCUGCUCAGGAGAACAUCAAAAGCGCCCCAAGAUUGGAUUCGUGCAGGUUUUCCUUUCAGCAAAAUAUCUGAAUAUCGCGACGCUGCUGACAUGCUCCUGUUGCGAAACGUCACGAUGGACCAAGUUGCCGCUGUUGUCCCUGGGAUCGGUGACUUCGCUGAGAACAUCAAGUCUCGGGUUCAUAUUGAGGCCAUGUACACACCCUGGGUAAAGAGGCAGGUCAGUGAGCGCAAAGUCCUCAGCCAUGAUGACAAGGUACAUCUCUCAUCAGUCGAUUACGAUGAGGUCCCAGGACUGGCUACGGCGGAAAAGAAUGUGCUGAAGGCCAUCAGGCCCGAGACUCUGGCUCAAGCUAGGAGGCUAGAAGGCAUCACCCCUGCUGGGUGCAUUCGAUUGGUUUCCUACAUCAAGAAUCAGGUCCGCAUCAAACGAGCGGAGCGCUUGGCAAAGCAGACCGGACAGUUCAAAUUAGAGAGCCCGAGGGCUUCCAUGCCUCAACUGCCUUGA